AUGGAUCACUCCGAUGAAAACAUUUUCAGAGUAAACAAGAGCAAGAGGGUUCACGCCCUUUUUGGUGUGUGGUAGAUGGUUCAUUCGUUCCAUCCGAUCAUUUAGACCCCCCUUGGCAUCGGGUAAGGUCAAAAAUAUCAUAUCCAGGGCAUCGGUCGGCGAUCCGUUUAGACAUGGGAAUAUCGUUUCGUCCAGGGCAUCGAUUGGUUGAUCCGUUUAGACAGCGACAGAGAGUAAUAAUAUUUCAUCCAGCAAUCAUAUCGAUCGGUCCGGAUGGCUUCAUCCAGGGCAUCGGUCAUUCGAUCCGUUUAGAUGUGAAAAGAAUUGCUUCGUCCGGCGUAAUCAGUCUGGACGGCGUCAUCUAGGGCAUCGGUUGUCCGAUCCGUUUAGAUGUGAAAGCAGAAUAUAUGCUACCCCCCCUGGCGAGAAAUAGGGGGUGAUAACACCCUGAGUGCUAUGGAAAGGUCAAAAAUGCUGAAACUGAACCUAUCCAGACACACCAAGCAACUCAGGAAGGCAGUCUGCUCAAGGGAACUGACUGUAAAAGGAGACGAGGGCUCAUAACCUCUAAGAAUGGAUGUGUGUGUGUAUUCGGAGG